GGCGUGUUUGACAAUAGUUCAGAAUGUUUAUGAAUUGAGUUCGCCGGCGUAAUAAAAAUUAUAAAAUAAUUCAUAAACGUUUGUCUCGUAAUACGGUUCUACGUGUUUGAACCUCUAGAAGUAAAUAAAUCGAAAAUAUUUUUGAAUCUAACGAAAAAUAUAAAGAAUUAAUUCCUUAUUAAUUAAUAAUAUAUAAUAAAAACUCUGUACUAUAGUCGAGUUCAGCCAUUUGUUACUUAUAGACAGAAAAUAUUUCAAAUGUAGUUAUGCAUAUCAUUAGUGACAUAUUUUGAAGAGUGCAACGAUUAGAGAACCUGGUACUAUGGCUACCGCAACUGGCUCAGAUAUGGAAGCUCAGAUUUUUGUAGAAGAUUUACCGAUUACAUUUCCAGUUAAAUACAUAGGCUCUGAAGUGUCACGCGGACUAUGGGGCAUUAAAUAUACACGCCGUCCAGUUGACAUAAUGGUUGGCAUAGCAAAAAAUCUCCCGCCGAAUAGAACUUUACCUCACUGUGACCUAAAAGUCUCCACAGAAGGUGUUAGCGUUGAUAUUAUUUCACCUAAAGCAAGUAUUAAUCAUUGGAGCUAUCCAAUUGACACAAUAUCUUAUGGUGUGCAAGAUCUUGUUUACACUCGUGUCUUCGCUAUGAUUGUGGUUAAAGAUGAUCAGAGUCCCCAUCCAUUUGAGGUACAUGCUUUCGUCUGCGACAGUCGUGCUAUGGCGCGUAAAUUGACUUUUGCUUUGGCAGCCGCAUUUCAGGAGUAUUCCCGGCGUGUUAAGGAAGAUGGUGAUAGUCUCAGUGAUAAAAUUACACCCACACGACAAAAGUUCGCAAUUGAUUUGCGUUCUCCUGAAGAAUUGCGAGAUGGCGCUGAAGAGGAAACUGAAGCUUAAUUAAUUAUUUAGUACUUAAGUAUUUUAUUAACUAUUUAUUGUGAUGUAAAUGAUACUAUUUUUGCAGAAUUUCCAACUCUUGAAUUAAGUCUUUUUUAUGUAUUUUAAUGUACAGUAAAAAAGUGUAUGGACAUACUUUAUUGUUGAUAUAUUGAUAUUGUUCCCUACAUACAGCUAAGCAUCCAAAGUUCUUAAACAUAAAUAU